CUACCCUCUCAGACAAGAGAAAAGUUCACCCCAAGUCGUUUCUCCAACGCGCGCCGGCUGGUGGUCUGCGUCCAUCUCCCUCCAUGGUCCCGCAUUCCACUUGCACUCUUCUCCGAACGUUACACGAAUCUAGAGAAGCGCCUCAUGUCGACGGCAUCUACUCAGUCCCGAGGAGUCAACCGACGGAUCAACAGCCUUCAAAAUGAUGGUCGCCAUUCACGCACCCCGUCUCUCUCGCGCCGGCGACCCCUCACGGCCGCUAUCGCAAGCAGCCAUGCUUUGCGCGUAGCCUACCUGACCUACCUACUUCACCCUCGAUCCCGUCGCAUUCAAACUGCACCCGCCGCGCCGGCGCGGCCGAAGCGAUCCUCAACCUCCAUUCAUGAUUUGAUGAGUGACUUUUCGCUAGUCAGGGACUCGAAGAGCACCAGGAUUCCACAUGGCUUUGUGUCGGAGCUGGAGAAGCGGUUGACGGGUGUAUUGAUUGGAAAGGAAAAGAAGAAGGAAUACCAGGAUCACUUGGUAGUGCGCACGUUCGCUGUCUUUCUCAACGUGCUCAAGGAGGACUCCUUUCGCAAGCGCAUGGAGAAAGACCGCCGCGCCGAGGAUCUGCUCCUAAUCUUCUACUCCAACGCUGUGAAGGAACUGAGCAAGGGCAAGGAGCAGGACGAUGAUAGCUGGAAGCUCAUGGUGGAUCGCCACGUUGCGCUCUUUGUCCGCCUCUUGGCGCUGAUACUCAAGAGCAAUGACUGGGCCAAGGACCGUCCCGAGCUCGCAAACCGAUUGACGGUGCUAGAAAACAAGCUUCUUCUGCAGGAUCAGGACUUGAUGGAUUCAAAUAGUACCGCAUCAACGACGGAGGUUCUCGCCCCACUGAGUUACGAUGUGAAGGACAUGCCCUUGGUGCAACACGUGGCCAAGAUCUUUGGGAUGACGAAUGCUCAAGCCCAGACCGAGAUUGACAAGCACAAGUCGGUUUGGACCGAAAAGGCAGCUCUCCAGGAUCUCAAGACCUAUCAAACGCAUUUGACGCUUCAGACCCGGAAGACAUUAUGCAGAGAGGACUUUAAUACAGCCGAGGCCUUUGAGACGUGGAAGAAGAGCGAGAGUCCGGACCUCUCGCAGAUGAUGCUUGCAAUUGUGCAAUCCAAUCCAGAGCUUGCCAAGAGCACCCCUGGCGCUCUGCCGCAAUUCAAUGCAUCUGCUGGUGAUGACCUGUCCUCGCCUCGAGACCGCACAUCCUACGCCAUUGAUCAAUCUCUCGAUGUCAGCUCGCUCUCGCUGAACGGGGCUGAUGGCGAUUCUGAAGAGUCAGACACAUAUACUUUUAUCCCAUCGGACCCGCGCGGCGUGUACAGGUUUAUCCUGAACCAGACGUUGACCCACGACCUUCGUGACCGGGAAAUCGAGGCGAGUCAGGCUACGUCGGAGACGCCAUCAAUGAAGCUACUUUCAAAGCAAUCCACGGAAAUGCUCAACGAAAUAUGUCUCCGCUGGCGGAUUCCCAAUUUCUCGCGUAUCGUGCUCUUCCUCGAUGUCAUUCAGUCCAAAUACGUGGAUUCUGAAAUUGACCUCAACACGCUGGACUCGGCCUUUACGUUUGUGAAAGAAUCACCCAGUAGCGAGUCACGGGCCAAGCGCAGCAGUUAUGUUGCUUCCUCUGUCUUUGAUAGGCAAAAAUGGAGCGUGCAUGAUUUGCAGACCAUGCAGCAGCUACUGGCCAAACUCCACGAGGCCUUGCUACGUGAACUUUACGAUGUGAUGAUGGACUGUUUCGAGGCGAAGCCUCGCCCGAUUGGUCCUGUAAUGUACAUUCUCGAGAAUCACAUUCAGAUGGAUCCGAAUUAUACGGAGGACCCCGAGGAUAUUGACCGUUUCUCCUCGUAUGUGCAGGAUGGUCUUGCGCAGAAAGCUACAGAGAAAUACCAGAGCCUCAUUGGCCAGUUGAUUCCAGUCGACCAGGAAUCAUGGCGGUUUGAUAAUGUAAUCCAGCUAGGUGAUGCGAUCUCGAAACUGGCACAGAAGAUUCAGAAGCGAUACCGGAAUAACCCUGAGAUUAUGGGCGUCAACCCUCAUCUCACACUGUGUGUCAAUAUGCUCCCAAUGUUUGCGGAGGAUGCGCAGGAAAUGGUCAUCCGAAUCAUUGAGCACGCCAAGUCGGAAGGUGAGGAGAUCGACAUUGAGGACGGAUUUGAUCUGUACAAGCAGCUUGCUACGGUCAGACGUCUGUUUACAAACCAUAUUCCCGAGACUCCUUUCCCGUUCCAUGUGGAGGGUCUCCUUGAAGAAUUUGUCUGGCGUUGGCUCCACCUAACUGAUCAGAGUGUCAUGGAAUGGGUCAACCAAGCUAUUCGGCAAGAUCAGUUCACCGUCCGUGGCGGUGAACUGGCUGGGGUUGUUCCGGAGGAUAACCGACAUAGCGUAUCGGUGAUUGAUAUCUUCCGGUCUUACAACCAGGUGGUGGAGAACUUGAUCGGGCUGGAAUGGGACAACGAUCUUCAGUAUGCCAAAUUCAUGACCGCUCUUUCGAAUUCCAUGGGCAAGGGUGUUGCAAAGUACUGUGAAUCUUUGGAGCAAAUGUUUGCGCGUGAGAUGGAUCGUCUCACCCCGGAGCAAGAAGCGGCCUUGAACCAGACCACCCAAGAGAAGCUUAUGCAAUUUGCCAAGGACACAUGGACGAACAAAGACAAGAUUGAACCAUUCCAGUUCUCGUCUGAGUCCCUGGUGAAGCUGAACAACAUCGAGUAUGCUCUCGCACAGCUAGACAGCCUCGAGCGUGAGAUCAAUGUCGACGGGUGUGCGGAUGUCAUUGCGAAGAACACCCCGCCACAGCUGAAGAAAGUCCGCAAGUCCACGACAUACGUCUUCACAAUCAAGGUCGUAGAGGCAGAAGACUUGAAGGCCUGUGAUUUGAACGGUGGCAGCGACCCGUACGUGGUCUUGACUGACGAGUACCAAAAACGGAUUGCAAAGACGCGCAUCAUCUACAACAACCUUAAUCCUCGGUGGGAGGACGCUGUCGAUAUCACAACACAGGGUCCUCUGAACAUCAUCGCUACGAUCUGGGAUUGGGAUGCAGUGGGUGAUCAUGAUUACGUCGGUCGAACUUCGAUCAAGUUGGAUCCCGUCCAUUUCAGCGAUUUCCUCCCGCGGGAGUAUUGGCUCGAUCUGGAUACCCAGGGACGACUUCUGCUGCGUGUGAGUAUGGAGGGUGAGCGCGAUGACAUUCAGUUCUAUUUUGGCAAGGCCUUUCGUACCCUCAAGCGCACAGAGAGGGAUAUGACUCGGAGGAUCACCGAGAAGCUCUCUGCCUACAUUAGCCACUGUUUGUCUCGUCGGACGUUGAAGUCCCUACUCUCGCGUGGCCUCAGCAUGUCCACCGUAUCCAACUUCCUAAAUCGCAAUCGUGGACAGCCGACCUCUACCGGUCCUACUUCCGCCGACGUCGAGAAUGCCCUCGAGCCCCUCUUCAAUUACUUCAACGACAACUUCGCCAUCAUGAACAAAACCCUCACCGAGGAAGCCAUGCGCAUGGUCAUGGCCCGUCUCUGGAAGGAAGUCCUCGCCACCAUCGAAAGCCUCCUCGUCCCGCCCCUCUCCGACAAACCUUCGCACCAAAAGCCACUCACCCUACAGGAAGUCGACAUAGUCUCACGCUGGCUCGUGUUACUCUUAAACUUCUUCCACGCUGUCGACGAGGAAACCGGUGAGGCCGCUGGUGUUCCCAUCGACAUCCUCAAAUCCCCCAAGUACCACGAGAUCCAGAGUCUCAACUUCUUCUACUUUGAGCCAACGGAGAACCUCAUCCGUAUUUCCGAGCGUAUGGCCUCGGCCAGCGUGAACCGUCAGCAAGCCAACCGCAACCGCCUCUCGGCACCUGCACAUCUCGGCGCGACGGGUACUGUGCACGGUGGGCUGGGCGUACCAGCUACUCGCCGUGCAAAGAGUAUUAUGCUGUCGCGGAAUUUGGGCACUAUGAAGAAAGUAAAGGAGGAGAAGCGACGCGAGGCCCAGGCCGAUCCCAACGACGACAUGAUCCUGCGACUUCUGCGGAUGAGACCCGAGGCUGCGGGGUAUCUGCGGGAUCGCAGUCGACAAAAGGAAAGACUUGCGGCUGCGGCGGCUGCGGAUGCCAUCGUUAAGCAGAGUUUGAUGGCUGGUGUGGGCAGUCGAAUGAGUGGGACGAUUCCACGACGUUGA